GAUAGACUUGGAUUGGCAACACAAAGGGGAAUUGUUCUUGGCACGAUGGGCCCAUGAUGCCUCAGGCCAUCAGGGUAGAGAUGCCACUUUUAAGUGGGCACGAGACCGAGGGGUGGAUCUAACCAUGGACAGUAUAUCUCAGGUAAUCCACGACUGUGAGACAUGUGCUACCAUCAAACAGGCCAAGCGGGUAAAGCCCCUGUGGUAUGGUGGGCGGUGGUCCAAGUACAAGUAUGGGGAGGCCUGGCAGAUUGACUACAUCACACUGCCCCAGACACGCCACGGCAAGCGUUAUGUGCUCACAAUGGUAGAAGCCACCACAGGAUGGUUGGAAACCUAUCCUGUGCCUCAUGCUACGGCCCGUAACACCAUCCUAGGCCUUGAAAAGCAAAUUCUUUGGAGGCAUGGUACCCCUGAGAGGAUUGAGUCCGACAAUGGAACUCAUUUCAAGAACAGCCUUAUCAACACUUGGGCUAGGGAACAUGGUAUUGAGUGGGUGUACCAUAUUCCCUACCAUGCACCAGCUGCAGGAAAAGUAGAGAGGGACCAGGUUGUACAUGGUGGAUAAUGCAGAGAGAUGGAAGAACACGAUGUGUACCUCAGGGAGAUCUGAUUGUUGGGUGAGAACUAUGUAUAAAUAUCACUGUUUGCUGAAUACUGCUGCCAUUGUCUGUGUAUAGUUGUAUAUUAGAUGUAUAAUGUAUCUAUUUAUAGGGUUUGAAUAUAUAUAUUAGUUUUAGUAGUAAGCUGACGAUAUGGGGAUAAGGGGUGGAAUGUCCUAGGGUGGCUGUAUGAUGCCUUUAUCCCCAAUCGUCUGCCCUGUUUAUGUUGAAGUCUUGUUCCAAGAGUGAAAGGAGGAGGGAAGAAGGUCAGGGUUUGUUUUCAAAAACUCACUCCCUCCUCCACAUUCCUGCUCCGGGUCGGUGUUGUCUG